UCAGUUGAAAUUUUUAACCGUUUUUCUUUAAACCGUUACAAAAUAUUGAAGACAUUAAAAAUUCUGGAAGAAACAAAUUCUUAAUUAUUUUUUGGCAUUUUAUUUAUUAUAUUUAAUAACGUAAACUUUAUAAGCUUGCAUUUACUGCGGCUAGAUUAACUGCAGUUUUAAGUAAAACUUAAUGCCCGCGCAGGCGCCAAAUUUUUUGUAAACAUUGCCGCCCAACCCAAAAUGCAGCAACAGCAGCCCCCAAAAAACGCCAAUGAACGCAAAAUCGGCACAAGGACGUGCCAGAAAGCCAGGAAAAAUCAAUAACAACACAGCCGCGAAGCGACAAAGGCCGGAAGUGCAUUUUUUGCAUUACUAGGCGUUAAGUAACGUCACAAAGCAGAAAAAAUUAGUUAUUUUUUAAGGAAUGUAAUGUAGUUUUUUGUGCCAAGACUUCGAAGUAAAACCGGAAAAUGGUUGGCAAGGGGUCAAGCGGCUUGGGCGGAGAUACCAGCACGGGAAGCAAGGAACGCCCUGUUUUUAUUCCGCCCCGGAAACGUCAACAAACGAAGUCGGAGGCUAAAAAACAGAACUAUGUGGACCACAUCGUCAGUGUGCAGCAAAAUCGUCCCAAGUUGUCGCCUUCGAAUCCUGGUCUCGAGGAGGAGCUCCGCAAGUCCAAGUUGAUUAUCAAAAACAAGCAGCCGCUUCCGCAAUUGCCCGGAGAACUGGGUGUUCCCAAUGCUCACGACACCUUGGCCAGUACCCAUUCGGCUAGUUCCACGCAGCACAGUCAGAAAUCGGCCCGAUCGAAUAGUAAUCUCAACGAGCUACAAAAUUUUGAGUCCAUAUCGCAGGGUACCAAGUCCACUUCACAGCGCCAUGAGAGCAGCACAGUGACGCCCAGCAGCUGUUGCUAUUCGGAGAGCAGCCUGGACGCCAAGUUAAGCAAAUCACAGGAUUGCCUUAGCAAUCGGUCAUCCUCCAAGAAACGGGUCAACAUCCGGACAAGUGAUCUGCCUGGUCAAGGGCGCAAUCAGCGUUCCUCGCCGGAGAUAGCAAACUACGAGGACCUGGAGUCGGGAGAGACGAGUGUCUUGAACAACUAUGACCAAAGUCUGGAGCGAGGAUAUCAGACGCGCAAGGAAGGUGGCGGCAAUUACCUGACCAUGACGGGCACCAUAAAGCGGGGCCGCAAAAAAGGCCAGUCCGUGGACCUACAGAUCAACAUUAGUCGCGAAGAGCUGGAGCAGCUGAAUGCCCAUGCGAUGGCCAGUGAUUCGCAGAAGGGUGGCAAUCUGUGCUGCACCUGUAGCUGUGGUACUGGCCUCCACAUCCUUCUGAUCUCGCUUUUUUGCCUGCCAUUUGUGACUGUCAUCUCGGCGGUGUACUCCUUCUACAUUGGAACACUCACCUGGUACAACAUGUUUAACUAUUACUGCGAGGAAAGGACGUACCUGCACAAGAUCCUGGUGACGCCGUUGCUAUUCGUGGCCUAUCCUUUGGCUAUCGUGCUCUGCACCUUCGGAUUGGGAAUCUACUCGGGACUGAGACAACUGAGUCUGCAGUACAGCAGCUGGGUAAAUGACAUCACGGAUAUCGAGAAGGGUUUCUAUGGCUGGCUAUGCGGAUUCCUUCGGAUGCCCGACUGCAGUCCCUAUGAGGUGGUCAUCCUAACCGAUAUCUGUGUAGCGCCGCAGGAUCCUCAGCGGCUGCACAUCAACAAACCGCGCCAGGAACUCUCCAUGUAGGAUGUGUGAGUCCUGGCCACAGUUUCGUUUCGACCAUAAGUGUGAUAUAAAAAAAACGUAAUUACAUUCGCAGAUCGACACAUUAAGUUUCCUUUGGCCAAAUUUGUUCCUUUCACAUCGACAUAAUCGUAUGUCUGCAAUUGCAGCUUUAGAGAACGGAAAUACACUAUAUAGAUAUCGAAGCCAGAAAAUAAUCCAAACCCUAGAAAGCCUAGCAUUUAAGUUACUAGAGAUCUAACACUCGCACAGCGUCUAAAAACACAAGGAAAACUUUCGGAUGACCGAAACAAAUAUAACCUUGCAAAUGUCAGUGAAAAAAGAAUUGCUCAAUAGUUUAAAUCCACAUAUUUAUCUGUAAUUGAUGUACAUUAAUGUUUUGUCUGAACUACGCUUUGGGGAAGCCCCUUCAGAGAUACAAGUAAUCCUGCAAUCUAAUUUGAUUUUUUGCCAAAUUACAAACUAAUCCAUCUACAAUUAUUUUUGAUAUUUAGCAAGGUUAUAAACAAAAAAAACAGUUAACUGUUGUAGUUGGGCACCUGCCAGCAACUUUGAAACUUUGCUUUCCUUUCUAACUCAAAGCCAAAUUUAAAGCCGUAUAUGAAACAUAUAGCAUUUACAGAUUAUGCAUUUAUCUUCAAAAGUGAACUAAAAAACCAAGUAAGAAAGCCAAUUUAAAUGCGCAGUUGACGUGAUGAAAACUUUUUCUUAGUUUUAAGCAAACAUUUUUUAUUUCUACGUCAAUAAAAAACCGCAGCAAAGCCACAAAUAUAUACAUACAUAUAUACAUACUUAUAUAAGCAAACGUUUUUAAAAUAGAAAUUCUAUAUGUUAAGAACCCGAAUAUCAAACACUUAUUGAAAUGAAUAUAUUAGCCAGAGAAAUAAAGCCAAUAAAACUACUAUAGCAAACACAAACAAA